AUGAAUCCAGAGAACAAGCCUGUGAGUUUUACGACAACAAAGCAUGUUGUCAAAGAGGCAGCUGCUGGUCGUCUUUUAGCCGAGGCUUUCAUUUCCGAUUGUGAAAGAACUUGGGGGAAAGGAAAACGUGUCUCACAAAAAAGGAAGAGGUACGGUGAUGACAGUGAAGACACCAGUCCGCCUACAGUUGUUACGGCAACCAGAACAAGUUCCGUCAUCAACAUUAUUCAAAGUAGCAAGAGUGGCGAACCAAAGGGCCACAGCAGCGCAAACAGUAUAGAAUUUCAAUAUUUGUCGGAUGAUGACGUGCCUCCAUCUUCACAAACAACGCUGGCCGAAAAACUUCAGUGGAAGGCAGUUCCUCGCGGCGACGAUAGACGGCCUGGUCUCUCAAUAUUUAUGAACCUCAUUUCAGUUCUAGGAGGUAUAUGGAAAUGCUACAUUGUAUUUCAUUAAUUAAUUUUCCUUCUUUUUAUUUUAG